CACCAGUCGACUCCUCAGACUGCGGCGAGUUUGACUACCUAAUUUUUGGAGCUCUAAAAUCUAUAGUCUUUGCUAAAAUAAUGGAUAAUUCUGAAAGUAGAAUCACAUAACGAAAUUCGGACUUUUUUAGAUUUUAACACUAAAGAAUGAAAAAACUUUUCUGCGGUUUUUCGGCUUGACGCAUUUGCUCACAGUCUCACUGUACUGCUCGAAUCAUUCUCUGUCGAACGAUGUAGAAUAUAUCUAUUUCAACCCUUUUUCUAGAAAAAUCCUGCCAAAAAUUCUCUAUGGCAAAAACUGGAAAUUGUCUCCAUCCUAACUCAGUCAGUAUGAGUCUGGCAGUUGGGAAAUUUGUAUAGGAUACUCGGCAAAGACAAGGGAACAAAACGUACCAUUCAAAUUUUUUUAAUGAACACUUUCAUUUUUUUUUAAUGAACACUUUCAUUUUUUUUUAUCGAUUUUACCAGAAAGUUACGUUUCUCUCAUAUAUAUGAAAUAAUAUGUCAUAUAGGAACAGAUCAAAUGUUUUUUCAGUUGAUUAUAUAUGUUUCAAUAGAGCUUGAUUGAACCCUCUUCGUUAUGAGUGGGAACAUAUGAAAAAAUAUUCAAUACACAUGUUUUGAAAGCUUAAGUAUAUAAUUAACUAGAAUGGUUGAAAAUAAAAGAGAGAUUGUAAACUUGAGUUAUUUUUAUCCAUAUUUCGUCAGAUAUAUACAGCCAUGAUAUUUUAGUCAAAUAAACGAUAUACUUAUUUAUAUAAAAGAAAAAUAAUCAAUAAUCUUUUAUACUCAUGGUAAUUCAAUUCUAUCAAGAAGUUUUCAUUUCUAAUGUCAUCAAAGCAGUGAUGAACGCUGUGUUAAAUAUGUUUUUAUAAAAUGUCAAUAAUUGCUGAGUCAAAAGACAUCAUCACUUUAUCUUCAUACUAAAUUGUAGCCACAAAUUUUCUAUUUAUAGUAUAGAUUUAAUUUAUUACUAUAAAUAAUCAUUGAAAUACAGCUAUUUUAUGAUUGACACAAAUUCACAAACAUUAUUUUGACUCGCUAUUUUUUAGUAAAUAUUUCUCAAUGUUCGUUGAUUAUUACAUUAACUAAGCAUCAUUCUUUCUACCAUAUCUUUUGAAAUGAUUAUACAAAAAUAUAAUGAUGAUACCUAGAACAAAGUAGCAGAUGAAACCUUGUCACCCUAAUCAAGUAAAAAAAGAAUUUUUAGCUAAAAACAGAGUGUUAAAUAUGACAUUCGAUACUUUGUCGUCUCAUCUCAAAUAGGUUACUAAUUUUGCUUGGAAAUAUAUGUGGAAUGCGAAAAAGGAAAACCGAUAAAAACAUAUUAUGAUGGUUACAAUUACGUGGCAUUCUUCACUAAAAUUGGGAGAAUGAGAAGAGUCCUAUUAGGAGUUCCUUGAAUAUAUGAGUGAUGUCAUGGGAGAUACAUCAUUAAGUCGAAAUUUUAUUUAGCAUGUGCACUAUAAACUGUCAAAAAUAAUGUUUAUCUUCUUUGUUCUAGCUCGAGCAAGCACUGAUCAGUGAUGCAUUUGAAGUUGUUAAAUCAGUUAUAAUGAAUUUAGAAAGUAACUUUAGUUUUCCAUCACAGAAUUGUGUUUGGCAUGAUUUUUUAAGUUCCUCAUCGUUUUCUCCUGAUUAUAAUUCGUUUUUAUUAAAUUCGGGUGAAAUGUUAUUAAAAAAAUUUCACUUGGCAAAAUAUCAUGGCAAUACGGGCACAAUCGAGUUUGAUUUAAAUGGUACACGAAAAUACUUGAAAUUGAAAAUACUUGAUUUUGAUCAACAUGGAGUGAGAGAAAUUGGAUCAUAUGGCUGGAAUGAUGAUAGUUUAACUAUUCGUAGUUUAGGUCAGAAAAAAAUUACGGAAAUUCGACGACAUUUACAAGUGGUUACAAGAGAGGAAAAACCGUAUGUGUCACGUAUUUUCUUUCCAAAUGGUACCGUUCAAUUUGAAGGUUACUGUAUUGAUAUGUUGAAUCACAUAGCGAAAGAAUUAAAUUUUAAUUAUUCCCUUCGAGUAGUAAGUGAUGGAAAUUAUGGAAAGGAAGAAGACAGUACCGGAAAAUGGACAGGUAUAAUUGGAGAACUUGUAGAUAGAAAUGCAGAUUUAGGUGUAGGAGCUUUGACCAUUACAUCGGCUAGAGAAAAAGUCAUUGAUUUCACUAAACCUUUUAUGAAUUUUGGCAUUACAAUAUUAUUUCGAAAACCUUUACGAACGAAACCCAAUUUAUUUGCAUUUUUAGCACCACUUUCUCUAGAAGUAUGGCUCUGUAUGGGGGCUGCUUACGUGGGUGUGAGUUUUUUCUUAUUUUCUAUGGCAAGAUUAUCACCGUAUGAAUGGCAGAGUCCGUAUUCAUGUAAACGUAACAGUGAUUACAUAAUUAAUCGUUUUACAAUAAUGAAUUGUUUUUGGUUUUGCGUAGGAUCAUUAAUGAAACAAAAUAUUGACUAUGGUCCUAAAUCAUUGUGCCUUCGAACAUUAAUUGGAUCAUGGUGGUUUUUCUCAUUGAUUAUGAUUGCAUCCUAUACGGCCAAUUUAGCAGCAUUUUUAACAACAAAACGAUUAAAAUCGCCUAUUGAUGAUGUUGAAGCAUUAGCAAAACAGACUGAAAUAAAAUAUGGUGCACUAAAAGGCGGAUCUACCGAACAGUUUUUUCGAAGUUCAAAACUUCCACUUUAUGAGCGAAUGUGGUAUUAUAUGUCAUCAAAACCUGAUGUAUUUAUGAUAACAACGGAAGAAGGUAUUAAUCGUGUAAAAAACGAAAAUUAUGCCUUCUUACUUGAGUCAGCCACUAAUGAAUACAAUGUUCAACGACAUUGUGAAUUAAUGCAAGUAGGAGGAUUAAUAGAAUCAAAAAGCUAUGGUAUUGGUACUGCUCAUGGUUCACCGUAUCGUGAUCUUAUUUCUGAUGUUAUUCUUAAAAUGCAAGAGAACGGUGUAUUAAGUAAAAUGUACGAUACUUGGUGGAAAGAAAGAAAUGUGCCUGUACCUUGUGAUGAUCUAGAUGUUGAUAAGCGGAAAAAACAUUUCACAAAUGAACUUGAUCUGAAAAAUAUAGGUAUAUACAAAUCUAAAAAUACAUGGAAACAACAUAUCAAAGAAGAAUUAUAUUUUACAAUGUGUACUGGAUGUAGAUCAAGAAAACAUUCACAACAACCAAUGGAACCACAGCACAAUAGUAAUAAUAAUAAUAACACUAACAACAAUAAUGAUGAGGUUCGACUAAAAUUAGUUCCGUUUAAUCAUAUAAUUUCGUCAAACUGA